CGAAAAUUGGUGCUAAGCGCUAAAAAUAGACACGUGAUUCCAGUGUUUUCGAUUCGCGCUCGCUCUUCUUCUGUGCGUUCUAUUGUGGCUCACCACACGCACCUCGAGUUUGCGAGACGCUCCCAGUAUCGGGAGCUCGCGAUUGGUCGCAGCGAGGAAGCUUCUCGAAGGGAGAUCCGGGAUGUUAAAAUACGGCGCGGGAAGCGCUGUCGCUCGCAGAACUUGAAGCGACUUCGUGAAGUGCGAAUCACCCGAGAGGGACCGACUAUACUCGAUACCCUUGUUGUAUUUAUAAGUGAGAUAGACUUGUGAGAUUUCGUAAUAGCUGCGCAUUGCACACAGGAGAGAAAGAAGAGGCGAAAAUGACUAAGGCACCAGCAAUCGGAAUCGAUCUCGGCACCACGUACUCCUGCGUCGGAGUAUUCCAGCACGGAAAGGUGGAAAUCAUCGCCAAUGAUCAGGGAAAUCGCACGACGCCAAGUUAUGUUGCAUUUACCGACACCGAACGACUGGUCGGUGACGCGGCCAAGAAUCAGGUCGCUAUGAACCCCAGCAACACUAUUUUUGAUGCGAAACGUCUGAUCGGAAGACGCUUCGAUGACCCGACGGUCCAGAGCGACAUGAAGCUCUGGCCUUUUACGGUCAUCAGCGACGGCGGCAAGCCCAAGAUCCAGGUGAACUACAAGGGCGAGACCAAGAGUUUCUUCCCCGAGGAGGUCUCCUCGAUGGUCCUAGUCAAGAUGAAGGAGAUCGCCGAGGCCUACCUUGGCAAGACCAUCAGCAACGCCGUCAUCACCGUGCCGGCUUACUUUAACGACUCUCAGCGUCAGGCGACCAAGGACGCCGGUACGAUCUCCGGUCUGAACGUACUUCGCAUCAUCAACGAGCCGACCGCCGCGGCCAUCGCCUAUGGUUUGGACAAGAAGUCCUCCGGUGAGAAGAACGUACUGAUCUUCGACCUGGGCGGCGGCACCUUCGAUGUCUCGAUUCUCACGAUCGAGGAUGGCAUCUUCGAGGUCAAGUCCACCGCUGGCGAUACCCACCUGGGUGGCGAGGACUUUGACAGUCGUAUGGUCAACCACUUCAUUCAGGAGUUCCAGAGGAAGUACAAGAAGGACCUGGCCAGCAACAAAAGAGCCGUUCGCAGGCUGCGUACCGCUUGCGAGAGGGCGAAGCGUACCCUCAGUUCGUCCACUCAGGCGAGCAUCGAGAUUGACUCGUUGUACGAGGGUAUCGACUUUUACACCUCCAUCACGAGGGCCCGAUUCGAGGAGCUGUGCUCCGAUCUGUUCCGCGGAACGCUGGAACCCGUGGAGAAGUCGUUGCGCGAUGCCAAGAUGGACAAGAGCCAGAUCCACAGCAUCGUCCUCGUUGGAGGCUCCACCAGAAUCCCCAAGAUCCAAAAGCUCCUGCAGGACUUCUUCAACGGCAAGGAGCUCAACAAGUCCAUCAACCCUGACGAGGCUGUGGCUUACGGUGCCGCUGUCCAGGCAGCCAUCCUGCACGGUGACAAGUCCGAGGAGGUCCAGGACCUGCUGCUGCUCGACGUGACUCCGUUGUCCCUGGGUAUCGAAACCGCUGGGGGAGUCAUGACGACCCUGAUCAAGAGAAACACGACCAUCCCUACGAAGCAGACCCAAACCUUCACCACCUACUCUGACAACCAGCCCGGAGUGCUGAUCCAGGUGUACGAGGGCGAGCGCGCCAUGACUAAAGACAACAACUUGCUGGGCAAGUUCGAGCUGACCGGAAUUCCCCCGGCUCCUCGAGGCGUGCCCCAGAUCGAGGUGACCUUCGACAUAGAUGCCAACGGCAUUCUCAACGUCUCGGCCAUCGAGAAGUCCACCGGCAAGGAGAACAAGAUCACCAUCACCAACGACAAGGGCCGACUGUCCAAGGAGGAUAUCGAGCGCAUGGUCAACGAGGCCGAGAAGUACCGCAACGAGGACGACCAGCAGCGCGAGAAGAUUACGGCGAAGAACGCUCUUGAAUCCUACUGCUUUAACAUGAAGAGCACCGUCGAAGACGAGAAGCUCAAGGACAAGAUGAGCGACUCCGACAGACAGACCGUUUUGAACAAGUGUAACGAGGUCAUCGCCUGGCUCGAUGCCAACCAGCUCGCCGAGAAGGAAGAGUUCACCGACAAGCAGAAGGAGCUCGAGAAUGUCUGCAGUCCCAUCAUCACCAAAUUGUACCAGGCUGGUGGAGCUCCACCCGGUGCUGCUCCCGGUGCUGCACCCGGUGCUGCACCCGGUGGUCAAGCUGCCGGUGGUGGACCCACCAUCGAGGAGGUCGAUUAAAGCGAGAAACAUGAGACUUAUAUUUUUCACGAGAAACGACGAUACUGUACACGCGUUGAUUUUUCAUGCAGAGUUUUGGUAAAUGUGGUUGACUGAUUGUAUAAGUUUUAAGGAGGGGUUUCAGUCGAAUUUCGGCUUAUUUAACGUUUUCCAUAUACGACGCGUUUUUAUGCGAGAGUCUAGUCGUUGUUGCAUUUGAUACUCGAGUACGUAUUAUAUAGGCAUUGUUGAGAGUUAUAGUUUGAUAUUCCAAGAGUCAGAACGGCGAUCUUCGACUGCGAGCCCUCUUUAAAAAUAUUCGUACUUUUUUUAUGUGUACUCAGAUAUUUUCCAAUAUCCAAAUAAACCAUUUAAUUGAAACAGAUAUA